AAUUCCUAUUUCUUAAAAUAUGGUGAAGUUCUCACUUCAAGGGAGGAAGCGGGCCUGCCCUUCCUGAUCAUUGAGACCAGCACCAUCAAGCCUUACCACCGAGGGUUCUACUGCAACGAUGACAGCAUCAAGUAUCCCCUGAAAACUGGUGAGACAAUAAACGAUGCUGUGCUCUGCGCCGUGGGGAUCGUCAUCGCCAUCCUCGCGAUCAUCACAGGGGAAUUCUACCGGAUCUAUUACCUGAAGGAGAAGUCCCGGUCCACGAUUCGGAAUCCCUACGUGGCAGCCCUCUAUAAGCAAGUGGGUUGCUUCCUCUUUGGCUGUGCCAUCAGCCAGUCCUUCACAGACAUUGCCAAAGUCUCCAUAGGACGUCUGCGUCCUCAUUUCUUGAGCGUCUGCAACCCUGACUUCAGCCUCAUCAACUGCUCCGAGGGCUACGUUCAAAACUACAAAUGCAGAGGCGAUGACAGCAAAGUCCAGGAAGCCAGGAAGUCCUUCUUCUCUGGCCACGCCUCCUUCUCCAUGUACACCAUGCUGUAUUUGGUGCUGUACCUUCAGGCCCGCUUCACUUGGCGAGGUGCUCGUCUGCUCCGGCCCCUCCUGCAGUUCACCCUGAUCAUGAUGGCCUUUUACACAGGACUGUCCCGCGUAUCUGACCACAAGCACCAUCCCAGCGACGUCCUGGCAGGAUUUGCUCAAGGAGCCCUGGUCGCCUGUUGCAUAGUUUUCUUCGUGUCCGACCUCUUCAAGACCAAGACGGCGCUCUCCCUGUCUCCCCCCAUCAGGAAGGAGAUCCUCUCACCUGUGGACAUUAUCGACAGGAACAAUCACCACAACAUGGUGUAGGCGCCGCCCGCCUCCUGAGCUGUUCUUGUAAAAUGACUGCUGACAGCAAGGUCUUGCUGCUCUCCAAUCUCAUCAGACAGUAGAAUGUAGGGAAAAACUUUUUACCCGACUGAUUUUAAAAAGGAAAAAAAGAGUCUUACUUUGUGGCCUUCCAAAAUAGGUAGUGUUCACCUAUGUGGAGACAACAGCAAACUAACACCAAGUGCCAGAAUCCUGGAUGUGCAGUUGGUUGAAGUGUUCAUGUUCUAGUGAACACGGGAUUGUUCUGGAACAAACACUAAAAGGUUUUGAGUAGAGUCUGCCGGUCACCUUUGUGACCUGAGAUGUGUCCCAGGCUUGUGAGAAAAGCUCAAAUUCACAUUGUAGCACGUGAUGCCAGAAAUAGCACUGAAGAAAGAAAAUAGCCAUUGAGGGGGAGACUCCCCUCUUGCGUCUCUCUGUCCACACCACUCUAUCUUUUACUGUGACUUUGGUUCAGGAUGUUGUUGUUUUUAAGUGUUGUUGUUGUUUAAUACAGAGAAAGAGCAAAUGCUUCGUCAAACGAUCAGAUCCUGAAUCCAGAUUCCUAGACCUAAAGCCUUAUCACCCACUUCCUGGCCCAUCGGCCAACACCACAGUCCCUCACAUUAGUGAUUAGGAGACUCUUUGUGGAUGAGUGAAUUUCACAAAUAGCACAAUUUCAGAAGAGAUAGAGGGUCCAGGCCCUCAUUUGUCUUCUUUGGACACAUCAUCCUGUGUUGUUGAAACAUGGAUUGCAGGAUGCUGACGUAUAUCAAUCACCCGGGCACUUGCACGCUCUUAGUAAUGGCUAGCUUUGGUUACUGCUUUCCCCCUUGAAAUCCUUGCUCUGUGCCCAUCGGGAUUUCCUGCGAGGGUCCGGAGACGAGCCAAGGCGUGGUCUGCAGCCGGCUGAUGGAAAGCAGCCUUCCGUACACGAGAUGGGGGAGUGAAGGGGCAAGAAUGAAAAAUGACCCAACCUUUUGGCUACUCAAAGUCAGGAUGAGCCAGAGUAGCAGACGGUCUCAUGCCUGAGAGGUUGCCCUUCGAGAUAACAGAGCUGAUGAGGGUCUCUGAGGGAGUCGCUCUUGCUAAGUUGUGUAAAGCACUACUGUCUUGGGGUUGAUCUCUAGGGCAGAUCUUGGUAGGUUCUGCUGGGCAGAACACAUGGGUUAAAUCUCCGUAGAGAGUUUUCAUCCUGUAUCCGUCCUCCCAGGCGAGGUCCACUCUAGGCAGUAGGCAGGACCCCUUCUACUGAACCUUUGAGGAAAGGAGGAAGGAAGAAAUGCUUUCAGAUCUCAGAUGCACACCGGGCUAAAUGUAACCACACGGAUCAACCACAAGCACAUCUUUACCACAGAAGCCGUCCUGUCAUUUCAACAUAUAGCAAGCUAUGAUUUUUAUAUAUAAAUAUUAUAUAAAUAAUGUAUAAAACAUUAAAAGUUAACUAUGUAAAAUAUUAUUUCUGAAACAAUUUUAGCUAUAUCCACUAUGAUUAUAAACUGUGUCUCGACCUGUGUUAUUUCAUUAGCUGCUUAAAAAAGCAUUGAGUUAAUUUUUUUAAUAUCAACUAAAAUAUUGUAGUUCUGUGGUAGACAUUGUUUUACAAUAAAAGAAAUAACUGCAACUAGAGAAAACUGUAUAAAAACAUUAAAUUGUCAGUAUUUUUGUAAGGUUCCAUUUUGUAAAGAGAAUAAUAUUCAAAGACUUUUGUAGAAUACAAAGUGAAAACUUGUAUCUGCGAAACUAUACUUGUAUUAAAUGUGCUUUUUAAAUAAAAGCUCAUAACACAACUAAU